UAUUUCGUCACAACAUGGCGACGCGCUCAGACGCCAGGCUCGAAUUAAAUCCUGAAAACACACAGUGCCUCAAAACAUAGUGAACUGCCCUCUAGAGACGUCCAGAGGUUAGAACGCGCCCCUGAUGCCCAUGUUGUCUAGGUGACUGAAAUCAUGGAGGCUGGUGUUAUCGGGGUCUGCAGUAUAGAGGCCCGUGGACUUGUUGAAGGGAGCAGCUCUCCCGAUGUGGAGACCCCAUCCCAGGAAAAUGUGGAGGAUUUUGUGGGACUGCUGAGCAGGGAGGAGGAGAGAGGGGAGACACCGGGAAGGGAGGAAAGCAACCCUGGCCCCCAGGAUGGGGAGCUGGACCCUAAUGCUGAGAAAACCAAGGACCAAAUAGCAUUCGGCAAAGAGGUUCUGUUGCUGAUGCAGGCCCUUCAUACCUUAACAACCCCAGAAGAGAAACUUGCUGCCCUUUGUAAGAAAUAUGCUGACCUGCUGGAGGAGAGUCGGAGCAUGCAGAAGCAGGUGAAGGUGUUGCAGAAGAAACAGAAUCAGGUGUUGAAAGAGAAGAUUCACCUGCAGAGUGAGCACAGCAAGGCGGUCCUGGCACGCAGCAAGCUAGAGAGUCUGUGCAGAGAACUGCAGCGUCACAACAAGACCCUGAAGGAGGAGAAUUCUCAGAGGUUCAGGGAAUACGAGGAGCGGCGUAAGGAGGCAACGCUGCAUUUCCAGAUGACACUCAAUGAAAUUGAGGCACAGAUGGAGCAGCACAACUUGCACAACAGCAAACUGCGGCAGGAGAACAUGGAGCUGGCUGAGAAACUCAAAAAGCUCAUCGAGCAAUACGAGCUCCGGGAGGAGCACAUCGACAAGGUGUUCAAACACAAGGAACUGCAACAGCAGUUGGUGGAUGCCAAACUCCAGCGGACGGCCGAGCUAAUGCGAGAGGUGGAAGAGAAACAGCAGAGAGAAAGAGAGUUUCUCCUGAAAGACGCAACUGAGUCGAGACAUAAGUGUGAGCUGAUGAAGGAACAGGAGCAUCAGUUAAAACAGCAGCUCACUCUGUACAUGGACAAGUUUGAGGAGUUCCAGUCCACCCUCGCCAAAAGCAAUGAGGUCUUCACCACUUUCCGACAAGAGAUGGAGAAAAUGACAAAGAAGAUCAAGAAGCUUGAAAAGGAGACAACUCUAUGGAGGACCAAAUGGGAGACCAACAACCAGACUCUACUGCAGAUGGCAGAAGAGAAAACGGUUCGAGACAAGAAUUACAAGGCCCUCCAAGGCAAAUUGGAGCGUCUGGAGAAGCUUUGCAGGGCCUUGCAGAGAGAACGCAACGACCUAAAUCAGAAACUUAGGGCUGUCCAGGUCCAAGCAAAAGAUCCUGAGGAAGAGGGUACGGGCCCUCCUGACCCCCAGCCAGAAGAGCAUCCCAGCCAGCCAAUGAACCCAGAGAUGGAGGGAGAGAUGGAAGGUUUGGUGCCAGAAACAGAGAAACUCAGGCUUCAGUCUGAGGAGGAGGAGGAGGAGGGCACCACAUCAUCCACACAACUCAUUGACGACUGAGCCUGGCCUUCAGAUGGCCUUUUUUUGUAGAGGUAUAUAUUUUUGUCUAACAAUUAUUAUCAUAACAAAAUUUGUGAGGAAAAAGCAGGACAUUAGUGAAGAUGCUAACUGCUCUGUGUGUUGGUAAUCAGCUUUGUGGCGAGCACUUUUUACUCCCUGUUUUCUAUCACAUUGUAUUUUCAUAGGAAAUGGUCAUGUGGUCUAAUACGGCCACCAUGCAGCUUUGUUUCAUAUGUCUCUUUUUUUCCAUUCUGUUCUCAGCCCUUCCCUGCUCAGCUGCGCUGUGGUCGCACAUUUUUAUUUUCUAUCUAAUAGAAUGUAGCUCUUGGUCUGACCUCUAGGAUCAGAAUAAAUCUUUUUUGAUGCAUAUAAUGUUGAAUAUUCCUAUUUUUAAAUAACAGUAUGUAGUAAACAAGCCAGUCCAGCUCUAAAUGUCCUGAUGACCUUGAGACUUGAGAAAUAGGGCAUUAAUGUCAGACUCCUUGGCAUUUUGAGUCUGAGCCAAGAAGAGUCCUUAACAGGACAAGCUUCUAUUGCUUUGAUUGAUUAAAAUUGACUUGAAAUGGACUUUAAAGUAAGAUACAUGUCUUAUAGUUGAAGAGAGGGGUCAAAAAUGAGAGAUUCUUUAUCUCCACCUUGCCUGUAGCUUUUUUUCAUGUGGGAAUCUGAUUAAGGGCUAGUUUGACUUUGAAAAAGGCUGCUACAUCUCUAAGACUUUUGUGAAAUACAAGGAACAGGGCUGCAGUUUAAGAGGGGAGGGACUUCCUUUUUUGUUGCAUGACAGACAAAAGGAACGGCAUCUUUUCCAGCUGAAAAUCUUAUGUGUGGAAAAAAAAUGCUGUGUAUUGAUGUUUCAUUAAAAUGUAUUUAAUCUUUACAACCCCAUUUACACAGAUUAGCCACAACAUUAAAACCACUUGCCUAAUAUUGUGUAGGUCCCCCUUGUGCUACCAAAACAGCGCCAACCCAAAUCUUAG